CUAUUCAGGCGUUUAUAUUCUCCCAGCUGUAGUCUGCUAUGGGGAGUUGUGGGGCGAGGACGUGUUGACAGUGGUAGCCGUGUGUAUGUGUGUGUGUAUGUGUUCGCGUGACAGUCACAAUGCAGGGCAAGGGCCAUGAGAGUGACAAGCCAUUCUACCACCACGCCUACGAGGCACCCAGCGAGGAGGAGGAGCGGUUAGGCUCUCUCUUCCAUCAGCUGGACGUUAAUGGAGACGGCAGAAUAGAUGUCCGCGACCUUUCUGAAGCACUAAAGCGACUCAGCCUCCCCCAGGUGCCCGGUGCUGCUGAGCUGCUGAUCCAGAGGGCAGACAUCAACAAGAGCAACGAUCUGACACUCGCUGAGUUUGUCAACUAUGUUCAGGAACACGAGAAGAGAUUACUACUGGUUUUCCACACACUUGAUGCCAACAGUGAUGGCCGUGUGGAUGAGAAGGAAUUGAGGUCAUCCUUCCACAGACUGGGGAUUGAUAUCGAUCAUGAUGAAGCAAAGCGACUCCUCCAGCGAAUGGACAAAGAUGGCACUCUGGACAUCAGCUUUGAUGAAUGGAGGGACUAUCUCCUAUUCCAUCCGUCUGCCAAUCUUCACGACAUCAUCCAAUAUUGGAGACAUGCUACAAGGAUGAACCUUGACAUAGGAGAGGACCUAUCAGUCCCAGAUGACUUCUCUUUGGAGGAAUGGCUGUCUGGGAAGUGGUGGAGACAUCUGGUAGCUGGUGGGGUGGCUGGAAUGGUCUCCAGAACCUGCACUGCACCUCUUGACCGGCUCAAAGUCUAUCUGCAGGUUCAUGGCAGCAAACACUCCAGUUUGGUGUCCUGCUUCAAGUACUUCUUGAAGGAGGGAGGCAUCAAGUCCCUGUGGCGUGGCAAUGGCAUCAACGUCCUCAAGAUUGCGCCAGAGUCUGCCAUCAAGUUUGCAGCGUAUGAACAGGCCAAGCGCAUGGUCCUGCAGUUUGGGGGAAGGAAGGAGCGGGAGCUGACCAUUUUUGAGCGUUUUGUAGCAGGGUCCUUUGCUGGUGGGAUUUCUCAGUCUACAAUAUAUCCUCUCGAAGUUCUCAAAACAAGAUUAACCUUAAGAAAAACAGGCCAGUAUAAAAAUGCAGUUGAUGCUGCCAAAAAGAUUUACAAGAAUGAAGGUUUGAGAUCAUUCUACAGAGGGUACAUACCAAAUCUCCUUGGAAUCAUACCAUACGCUGGCAUCGAUCUGGCAAUAUAUGAGACUCUAAAGAAGACAUACAUCGAGCACCAUGCUGGUGAUGUUAACCCUUCAGUGUUUGUUAUCACAGCCUGUGGAGCAAUGUCAUCAUCUUGCGGCCAGAUUGCAUCAUACCCCCUCGCUCUUGUGCGAACCAGACUACAGGCUCAGGUGAUAGCUCCGGGCGUGGUGCACUCUGUUCCGGUCACCAUGGUGGGAUUGUUCAAGCACAUCUUUGCCACUGAGGGCUUGGUGGGGCUGUAUCGAGGCAUUACUCCAAACUUCAUGAAGGUGGCGCCCGCUGUCAGCAUUUCUUAUGUGGUCUAUGAAAAGUGUCGACAAGCAUUAGGGGUUUCCAUGACAUGAGGGCAGCUGCUACAGCCGCCUUCCACCAGCAAGCAGUCGCGUUUCUCCCAUAAUACAAGACAUAACACCACAUUGUCCCGUAAACUUCCAGUCAGUCAUAACAUUGCCAAGCCACAGGGUAAGACACCGCCAAGCUCCACAGAAGUGACAGAUUGUGUGUGUAACCUUCGUCACUAGACUGUAGUUGAAGUUGUAAGAGUUUUUAUGGAUAUUUUUAAGGUUCUAGUGAGUCGGUGACAAAUUAACAAUAUUUCUGCAUUAUAAACAGGGGAAACACUCUUGAGGAUCCUGCUAAUCACUUCUGUGGCCUUGGAAAACAGUCAUGGUGAGAAGGCAGUGUUUUCAAUGGUGCUUUUUAGGUUCUAGUGACAAAUUAACAACAUUUCUGUAUUGUUAACAGGAGAAACACUCUUGGGAAUCCAGCUAGUCAUCUCUGGCCUUGGAAAACAGUUUUGGUGAGAGAGCAAUGCAUUUGUAAAGGUGUUUUUUUUUUAAUUCUAGUGACAGAUUAAGAAAAUUUUUGCAUUAUUAACAGGAGAAACUCUCUUGGGAACUCGGUUAGUUAUCUGUGUGGCCUUGGAAUACAGUCGUGGAGAGAGAGAGAGAGAGAGAGAGAGAGAGAGAGAGAGAGAGAGAGAGAGAGAGAGAGAGAGAGAGAGAGAGAGAGAGAGAGAGCAUGAAAGUUUCUGGAGACUGUACAAAGCCCCAUAAAAUCACAAAUUUUCAUACAAUUUUUGGACUUCGUAAAUUUUUGUACAAAUUUUCAAGGCAUUUUGGGACAAUACAAUUUUCAGACAAUUUCCUACAAAUUUUCAAGGCAUUUUGGGACUUGAUACAAUUUUUUUUACCAUUUUGGGACUUAGUACAAUUUUAUUUUACCAUUUUGGGACUUGGUACAAUUUUUUAAAGCAUUUUUAGACUUGUACAAUUUUAAAGCAUUUUUGGGAAGUCAAGGAGACCUUUGAAUUUAAUACAUAUUUUGUUUGUUCAACAAACUUUACAUGGGUAUUGAGUGCAGACAGUGGAUUGUCCUUUGUAGCACUAUAUGGUCAUCUUCAUAAACAUAAAAAAAUGCCUUUAGAAAAUACAGACCUUCACUCAGGAGUCUCAAGGAGGGUUCACACAUGACAAAUGGGGUUUGGAACUGCCAGCUGAUAAAAGUAUCAGUGGACUUUGGUGCCUAACACUUUGAAUACCCAGCCACAAAUCAAUACUGACACACGUCUUGUCUAGCCACUGGCUAGUGAGUUACCAACAGCAUGUCCGGGACAACCUCUAUACAGCACAAAAGCCUUCAGAGAAGGAGAUUAGGCGAGAUGGAUGCUGUCGUGUGCAGGUCUCCAUGCAAGUGUCUUUGUGCUCCACACCAAUUGGUUAUUUUUGCUAAAACUCUUACAUAAAAGUGUCUAUGGGGGUGAUAUCCCAAACAGAUUAAGCACAAUCAUCAAUUCCCAUUGUGAGUAUAUAUAACACAUCAUCUUAAUAUUUAUAAAAAAGCUGAAACCUAGUUUUGCAAGAUAAGUACAUAUUAUCCUGCAUUUUCACCUUCUUAAGCAAAUGUUGUGAAUUCAUGUUUCUUUUGAUAGUGUAAGGAAAGGAAUGACUUGCACUGUUCCCGGCAAAUUUUCAGUGAGGAAUACUAAUUAUCAACUAGUAUAUUGAUCAAAACAGGUCAUCAGCCCUUCACCUCCAAUGUGGCAAUGCUCAUGUCUGCUCCGUCGCUCAAGCCACUGACGUGUGCUAAAGUGUCUAAUAAAUGAGUUAAUGGUGAACAUUUCUCAUUUCUUUCUCUACACCAUGAAAAGUUAUAUUUACAUAAUUUAAUUAAAAAACUUAAAAGUGCAGGAUAAUAAUUUGUCCACACUGCAGAACUGUGCAAGUUGCAGGUACUCAGAGGUCUCAUGACUGCAUAAAUAUUAGAUAGUAAUAUUACUGAUAAUGUGUUGUAUGUGCUUGUGCUUACUCUAGUUGGGGUACCAGCCCCAUAGACCCUUCUCAUACACAAGUUUGAGCAAAAACAACUGAAGAGUGUAGAGCAUGGACACUGGACAGCCACUUGCACACAACACUGCCAGCCAGCCACUACUUUCCAGCCACUAUAGUGUGAGGGUAUUCCAGUUGGAAGUGCUAAUCACAAGCUUCCAGCAGCUAGUAAUUCUAGACACAAAUUGCCAGGUAUGAACAUACCUUAACACACAACCCAAUAACUGCAAUUAAAGUUCUAACAAACUUGAGAAGCUGACUAUAGAUGUAGUCAAUCUAAGUACUAUUCUCAACCAAAAUAUGUCUCAAAAAUGAAUAUGAAGCCAAUUACACACAUUUCCUUCCUGAAUGACAUUUACACACAGGAAUAAAUACCAAACUUGCCUGCAACACCUACACAGAGACCUUGCAUUAAUGACUUUGAACUUCCAUCUGUAGGAAGUGCAAUGACUCAUGUCUGGACCAUUAAGCACAAAGUGAAAGGCUCUGAACACAUUGAAGAAAACACACUAAGAUGGAGGUGUGAGUGUGUGCAGGGAGAGAUGGCUCAAGUAGUAAGGGACUGAUAGACAUGCAAGCUUUGAACUGACACGUCACUGACAAAUUACUUUACUUAGAGGGCUGACAAAGACUAUUUGAAUUAAAUCAGUGAUUCCCAACCUGUGGUACGCAUAUCACUGAUGGUAUGCAAAGGGCUUCUGGGUGGUAUAUGAGCACUUUUAGGAUCACUUAUAAUUUUUAGUUAAAUUAAAUUAAUUUCUCAGAACAAUGAUUAUUGCCUUACACAAGAUAGUCUGGUAUUGAUCAGCAGGUGGAGAAGAAACAGAUGCAUCCCUUGCAUUAGAGUGAGUUGUGUUAAGAUAAGGUACUUGUGAAUAAAUUGAUAUUUGCUG